ACGAAUAACAACAUACUCACAUUUGUGACGUUCUACACAUCAGAGACUGUCGGUUGAUAUUUAUUGUCCGAGGCAGGGGUACAAUUUUCAUCAGGUUAAGGACCCCAGAAUGUUGCGUCUGCGUUGCAAAACCAAAAAUGGGAGCCACAUUAUGCAGGGCCUGACCCAUCAGUCCUGUGUGCAGGAGCUGAAGAGCAAGGUAGAGGAGCUGACUGGUAUCCCCUGUGAUGUACAGAAGAUCAUGGUUGGUUACCCUCCCUCUAGCUUGGACCUCCGAAACGGAGAUGCUCACCUCAAGGACUACCCCAUCAAAUCAGGAGACACUCUCAUUGUUGAGGAGGAGGAGAAGAACAAGAUGAAGACCCAGACAACCAAUUCAGCUGUAACCAAGGGACCCCGCCUGGAGUCUCCCCCUGUGCUGGCCAGAAGGGUCGUUCCAGCAGACAACUCCUGCCUGUUCACCAGUGUCUCCUAUGUGGUGGAGGGCGGGGUAUACGACCCAGCGUGUGCCCCUGAGAUGCGAGGCCUCAUCGCCCAGAUCGUGUCGAGUGACCCAACGGCUUACUCUGAAGCGGUUUUGGGAAAGACCAACGAGGAGUACUGCACCUGGAUCCGACGUGACGACACCUGGGGCGGAGCUAUAGAGGUGUCCAUCCUGUCCAAAUUCUACCAGUGUGAGAUCUGUGUAGUGGACACGCAGACAGUGCGUGUGGAUAGAUUUGGUGAGGACGCUGGCUACCACAAACGUGUGCUGCUCAUCUACGACGGCAUCCACUACGACCCACUGCAGAAGGAAACGCCUGGUUCCGACACUCCGCCCCAGACCAUCUUCUCCACCACAGAUGACAUCAUCCUGGCCCAGGCCCUGGAGCUAGCGGACGAGGCGCGAAGGAAGCGGCAGUUCACGGACGUCAACCGCUUUGCCUUGCGCUGCAUGGUGUGUCAGACAGGCCUUGUAGGACAGAAGGAGGCCCGGGAACAUGCCAAGGAGACGGGCCACACCAACUUUGGAGAGGUGUAAGUCAGAGCACUCCUCCUCCUCUCACACCCCCCCCCCUUACCUCACAACCACCACCCCCAUGCCGUCACAUCUGUGUCUGUACGAUCCUCUACCUCACUUGGUCCAGCGAGAUUCUGCAGACCCUGAGUUCUGUCUUACCCGUUCAGUAUUACUACUACAGCUGUCAGCUCACAGGCUAAUCUACUGUAAGGUUCUGAUCUCAUACAAAAUAUCCGCUACAAUUGUUUUAGGGACAUUUUUAAGCUCAGUUUUGAGUCUUCACACUAAACUCAAAACACAGUGGGUGAUUGUUUGUUGAAGUCUUGUUGCUCAGUAAUGUAGCAUUUGUUCAGUUUGUUGACACUAAUGGAGCAGAAAACUUUCUUAAUACCAAAAUUGGAGAUGCCUGGAAAUGCCUUGCUUUUUCAGUUCUGACUUGUGGCACAAUCGGCAUGGCAUGGCUAGAUAGUACUACAACAGAAAUCUUUUUCCAGGGCCAUUGGGACAAGAUACAUGUUUGAUUUCACACAUCAAUGACAAUAUUAAUUUAAAUGUUUUUGUUUGUGCCUCACUAGUACUUGGAAAAACAGUGACAACUGUUGCAAAUAUCAAAUAUAAACCCAGUCAGUCACUUGGUAGAGAAGCUGUUAUUUUAUUAUUUUGCAUUGGCAAUGUAUUUAAUAUUUGUAAUAGCAGAGUUUAGCUAGAUUCCUUAUAGGUCAAUACAACCCUAAAUUAUUCAACAAUGGUGCUGUGACAACUGUAUAAGCUAUUGUGUAAGCUAUUACUGAAUUUAAUUUGUUAUUUUCUGCAUUGUGGGUUGUCAGGUGUUUGGAUUGAAAUAUAGCUCUACAUUCAUCUUGGUGUGGAACAUUAACAUUUCAUGCAAUUAUUAUCAUGCCAUGGCACUCUGGCAUCAAAAGGCCAUGGCAUUACCCACAGUGGGAUUGGUUUUUUAUUAUAUUUAUUUGUGUCUAUUUUAUAUGGUGUAAUUUGAAUUAUGGUAUUUUGUAUUACAGAGAAUCGAUAAGAAUGCUACAUGCUUAUUUUAUUUACAUUUUAAUUUUGGAAUUAUUAGACAGAUUGUAAGUCUAUGUGAUGAAUCAUUAUAUAUUUGUAGUUCAGGUACUGUACACAAUGUGCUUUGCUUUUCAACAUUCUCUUCAUGAUAGUGUUUUUCUUUUUAAUUUCCCAUUAGCCUCUCACUCACAUAGCCUGGAGGUCUUGUUGUACUAAUGUAAGGACCACCAAGUGAUGUCAUAGUUGUAAUGUUGAUCUGAUUUUUAUGCAAGAUAAGUCAUACCAUAUAAAAAAUUUAAAAAAAACAGCUGUGAUGGAAACAGGAAUCUUCGGUACAGUUUUCUAAAUGCCGACAGAUCAUUUGUUCGUUCGACAUGGUGGGAUCUUUUUGUCUUUAAAAUGAAUUAUGCGAGAAAUGGUGGAAACGCCUUUAUGUGCAAAUAUUGAUAUAAUAACCAUCAUAUUGACGUAAACUUGGGAGUCAUGCAAUUAUAUGGCGUGUGUGGUUCUUCCACUACGAAACCAUGUAGUUUAUUAGGCUGCAGAUGAAAUAUGUUAUGAACUUCACAGGUAAAAGUGCACAAUGUUGAGCUUGAUGCUCCUUUCCAAUAAAUAUUCUGGUGACAUGAUGAUUGAUGCUUGACUGCAGUUUGACCAACAAAUAUUCUCGCCCUUAUCUGUAAUAAUCUCAUCAUAUAGACUAGCCUAUUCGCACUGUAUCUGCAAGCUGUUGGCUAGAGCGCACUUGCCAAGACUAGAGUAGGCACAUCUUGCUAUUUAACUCAACAGUUUUUGUGACAAAACUAUCAGUGGAGUUGAAAAUGUGAUGUAAACACAUUGAACUUUAGAUUUUAUUUGGAACGUGAAAACUUUUGUGAAAAAAUACAUUGUGUGCACUACGUCAUCAUGCACUGAUUUUGUUCCGCCACAAGUCAGUUUGGUGGAAAAAGCGCAUAUUUUCUUUAUGCGUAUUUUAGAAUUUGCAAUAAAAUCUGUCUCCAAUUGGAUGGAAACCAAGCAACUGUGUAUUCAAUCUAAAUGCAUGUGAGAGGAAGACUGCCAGGGUUCUACUGUGACAGAUGACAGCCACCAUGAUCUCAUGCCUUGCUCUUGAAGCAGAGCCACUGAGAUGGUUGAACCCUAUAAUUCUCACACAUGAAAAUACAUGAAUUCUGACAGUUUUCUUCAAGAGGUUGAUACUGUUGUUACUGGUAAAAAUAAUCAUAUCAUUUUUGGUUGUUGGCAGAGAUGAACGGCGGGUGAUUUGUUUUUUUCCCCAUCUAACUAUUUAAUGCAGUCUAAAAGCUCUCGCACAUCAUAUCUCAAAACAAAAUAUUUAUUUUAGCUUUUGUCAGCUGGUCGUAAACAGACUCCAAAGUGUCCCGUAUACAGUUCAGAAAACUCCUUUGACUUGUUAUUUAUAGAAAAUGGACAGCAUGUAUGAGCAUUAUGAAAGCUUGUCUUACAAUGAAAUACUCUGGGUCAGGGCCGGCUUUGUGUGGAAUAUGUUUCCCUGUUCUUGCUUGGACUUUUCAAAGACUUGUGUGUAAGAGGUCUGGGGCAUGGUUCUAGUGGGUGUUGAUUUGACUCAAAUAAGACUUCUCCCACAAGCCAUUACAUGGAUGUUCAAGGAAACGUUCAAUGAAUGUUGCACUCAAAGCACUACAGAGAAACUGGGUUUACUUGAUUUUUCCAAUGUUGUGUCACAAUAAAAUAAAUCAUUUAGGAUAUUA